GCGGGGCUAUCAGCUGAGUGUAAGUGUAUGUUGUUGAUAACGAAGCUAUUUAAACGCUGGUUACUUUUAAUAUACAUCGCGGGUAGAGGGACGGAGGGAUAGGGGUACGAGCUCAACCUCUCCACAGUCCCAAUUAAUAGCCGAGCAUUGCUUUACGCUAUCAGUGAAUUUCCCUUGUCACCGGCCAACCGGAGCCGUUACUUUGAGCCUUGAUUCCGUAUACCCCGGGGAAGAGUACUGUGUAAGUCCACAUCGCGAUCAAUAUCGUGCCACUUGGGACUGGGGGUUGCGAUUUGGCUUUGACGGAGGGGUCUUGUACGGACAUGCUUCUUUAUUUAAUCGUCACCAUUAAUUGCAAAUAAUUACGAUCUCGACUAGAUAGAGGUCAAAUCGUAAAAACCUAAAGCACAUACACUAUCUAUAUGAGAGUAUGGCCACGUCUCGCGCAAACACGAAAAUCGUCGUCGUCGGCGGAGGCGGCACAAUCGGUUCGUCAACCGCUCUGCAUCUUGUGCGCUCUGGGUAUACACCGUCGAACAUCACCGUCCUCGACACGUAUCCUAUCCCUUCUGCGCAAUCCGCCGGAAAUGACCUCAACAAGAUUAUGGGCAUCCGAUUACGGAAUAAGGUCGACUUACAGCUGAGCCUGGAGGCGAGAGACAUGUGGAAAAAUGAUGAAUUGUUUAAACCCUUCUUCCAUAAUACUGGCAGACUUGACUGCGAGGGAACUGAGAAAGGUAUAGCCUCUCUCCGACGGCAGUAUCAAGACCUACUCGACGCAGGUGCUGGGUUAGAGAAGAGUAACGAAUGGUUGGAUAGUGAAGAUGCAAUUUUAUCUAAGAUGCCGCUGUUGCAACGAGACCAAAUCAAGGGAUGGAAAGCCAUAUUUAGUAGCGAUGGUGGUUGGUUAGCCGCUGGUAAGGCAAUCAAUGCCAUCGGCGAAGAGUUGCGUAGUCAAGGGGUCAAUUUCGGAUUCGGAGGCGCAGGGUCUUUCAAGCGACCACUCUUCGGAGACGACGAGUCGAUAUGCAUCGGCGUUGAAACGGUAGAUGGGACCAAAUACUACGCUCACAAGGUCAUUCUAGCUACCGGAGCUUGGAGUCCCGCGUUGGUAGAUUUGGAGGAUCAAUGUUGUUCUAAAGCAUGGGUAUAUGCCAUGAUACAAUUGUCGCCUCAAGAAGCUGCCGAGUAUAAGGACUCGCCUGUGGUAUACAAUGGCGAUAUUGGUUUCUUCUUCGAACCUAACGAAGACGGUAUCAUCAAGGUCUGCGAUGAGUUUCCGGGUUUCACUCGGUUUAAGCAGCAUCAACCAUACGGCGCCGCAAGCCCCAAGCGUAUAUCAGUUCCCCGAUCUCACGCAAAGCACCCUACGGACACGUAUCCCGACGCAUCAGAGAAGUCGAUCCGUAGAGCCAUUUCGACAUUUCUGCCGCAGUUUAAGCACAAGAAGCUCUUCAAUCGAGCGCUGUGCUGGUGUACAGACACCGCGGACGCAGCAUUGUUGAUCUGCGAGCACCCCAAAUGGAAGAACUUCAUUCUUGCUACAGGAGAUAGCGGACACACUUUCAAACUUUUACCUAUUAUCGGCAAGCAUGUGGUCGAACUGGUAGAAAAUAAUCUAGCAGAAGACCUUGCGCAUGCGUGGAGAUGGCGACCGGGAGGCGAUGCUCUCAAGUCGAUACGUGCGGCGCCUGCGAAAGACCUUGCAGAUAUGCCCGGAUGGAACCACGAUGAUAAUUUGAGCAGGGAGAAACUAUGAACUGGAAUAGGGGGUAACUAACAGGUACCUAAACAGCAAGCAAACAUAUUAUUCAAGGAGUGCCUUUAUCUUCCGUUACUUGUGAUGGUGACGGCUUUUCGACAAGUUAUGAUUCCAUCCUGGCAACAUGCCAAGAGACGUUAAACCAUUUUCCAGUGAGCUUCUGAUCGGCUCUCACCUGUACAAUACAUACAUUCAAUCCCUUACCUCCUCCGUUAUCUUUUAGGGGAGCGAAUCCCAGUUGCCUUCAACCAAGCGUACAACAAGAAUUUAUCUACACCACGCGGUCUAUUCAA